UUUGUUUGUUGCGUGUUUGUUUUUGUGUAAAAAUAAGUUUUUGUCCAUUUAUUCCAUCCGUUCACAUUUUAAAACUAUGUUUAACUGUUAAGUGUAACCAUUGUAGUCUCAAUAUGAAUAUUUAUUUGAGGGUUAUCUGCCUUUUGGGCUUCCUGAGCUCAGCGCUUGCACAAUUUAAUCAAAAUCAAAUUGAGCAACGGAACUGUAUUAUACCGAAGAUACUGCAGGGAUCUUGGUUUUCAUGGGAGGUCGGCCUUCCCACACAGACGGUCAUCGACGCCACCUCCAUGUCGAGUCGUGGUUACUGCAUCAACUACCAGCGCCAUCGCGGUGAUGAGUACUCAUUUGUGUUCAAAGAACGCACAAAGGACUGCUAUCACUGUGUCAACACGAAAAUCCGUACGGUGAAUGUCUUUGAAAAAUAUGAGGGUCCGUGCCUGAGCUUGCCCCCCGGCCAGAAGCCAACUGUGGAGAACAUCUGCAGGGGCAUUAAGGAUGACCAGCAGCUGAUAACGCUCUUCAACGAGAACUUUGUGCCCAUCAAUUGCCGCUCUUCGCUAGAGGGUGUGUGGCAUUUUACAUAUCAAAAUCGUUUCCGUUUCACGGGUGUGUGCGAUCAGCCGGAUGCACGUAUACAGUCGUGCCAAACAGCUGGCACCCAGUUUCUGAUACAGAAUCAAAAGUUCAACAUCACUUAUCAGAAAUGCGAGGGCAUGGAUGGCACAUUCAGCGGCCCCGUUGAGUUCAGUUGCCUGGGCGAUUGGUUUGUCGGAAAGAAUCAUUACUUUGCAGUGGCAAACACGAAGGAAUCGCGCAAAGAUGAGAAAUAUCGUUGCUUCCUCAAGAAUCGAGACGAUGAUCUCUAUGUUGGUGUCUCCAUCACGGCCGAGUGCAAUACACUGAAAACGCCAGAGACAUCGCCCGAGCGCCUGAAGCUGACCCCCGUCAAAGCUGAGUUUGUGGAACCGGGCUGCACGCUGCCGCAAAACUUUAGCGGCGAGUGGGUGAACACGGCCAACAUUGACGCCGAUGUGUCCAUCAGUGAGACGCACAUAAAUGAGACUUACUAUCCCGACAAGGCGCGCUACCGCAAGACGAUCUAUGUGUGCCGCGAGCGGCGUGGCAACCGUGUGAUGAUGGCCCGCCUUACGGUCGAUGGAUGUCAAAAGGAUUAUGUGUGCUUCGAUUUCAUGCCCCGCCAUCAUAAUAUCAUACGCUACCGCAGGGGCUUGGCCGUGAUCAAGGAUGACUUCAGUACGGUCUGCUCUUGGGUGCAGUUCCCCAAUUCAGAGGCCUGGAAAUACGACUUGUUCCUUGCCAGAAAUCCAGUGCCCGUUCGCUGUCCGGUGGCUGGCAAAUUUAACUUUACACAAAGAGGAGAACAUCCCUUUAGGACGAGGAUCCUUGGUGGUGUCACGCUGAGUCCCCGUCCGGAUAUUCAUUGCAAGCAGAAUAUCUCCGAUUUGUCCGUCUGCGAUACGGACCAGAAGGAAUUGGCUGUCGAUGAAAACUAUUGCCUGUCUGUGGAUCAUUUGGGAAGGCCGGUGGACAUUUACAGUGAUCCGGAUUAUCGCAUGAAGUGCAUUGGCUUCUGGAAGGAGAAUCUAAAGUCCUAUCUUAUUACCUACGACGACUUGGAUCCGCUCUCCAAGUACCGCUGCUGGGUGUAUCAGCGCGCCGACCUCAAUCGUGUGCUAAUGUCGCAGGCUGUGGGCGCCUUUUGUAAGCUGGAACAGGAUGUGACCUCUUGGAACCAUUCAGAGGGUGCUGCGGUGGCCAUCGAUGCUGUUGAAUACGAGCGUGAACGCGACGACUGCCCCAUGUACUUUGACGAUGGCUUGAAUCCAUGGCGACCAUCCGAUGCCUCAAACAUAAUUUUCGACUGGGAUUUCUACAGAGCCGGAGCGUCGGCCAUAAAUGGCAAGCUAGCCACGGCAAUUGCUAUGGCUUGUAUGCUUUGCAAAUAUUUAGUCGCUCACUGAGUUCAAAGUAUUCUUAAUUCUACCAACGAAGGAAUUACGUUCCGUCCAUUCAAUUUUCAUUCCAGUCUCGUUUUUAAUACGUAGAAAAUGUCGGUGUGCCUUUCAAUGCAAGUAUCUGCCUUUUUAGACGAAAUUUGUAAGCUAGUUUGUAAG